AUGGAGCAGUUGUUAGUAGUGUCCACUCACAGCAAGAAGGGAGGGUAUGGCAAGGUCAGGAAAACACAGAACUGGUUUCAUUGGCUGGAGGUGGUUACGGUUUUGCCCGCAGGCUUGUUUUUAAGAGCGGCAGCUUCUCAAAAUCUCUAUCUGCGACACAAGAAGGCUUAUGACAUGCUUAACACCUCAAACAGCACAGCAAUGGAUCUCAAUAUCCACGACGGCAUCGGCUCUAUCUAUUACGGCUACGACUUUUCAAACUACUCGUGGAAUACAAGUAACGCCACAGACUUCAGCGAAUGGGAUUCUGACUUUUGCGACGCUGAAGAGCAGGAGCACACCAUCAAAACGUUCCAGACUUGCGUCUUCUGCCUGAUCUUCCUGCUGGGCGUGGUGGGGAACUGCCUGGUGAUUGCCACCUUUGCCCUUUACCGCCGCCUCCGGCUCCGCUCCAUGACCGACGUCUUCCUGUUCCACCUGGCGCUGGCCGACCUCCUCCUGAUCCUCACGCUGCCGCUGCAGGCCGUCGACACUUUCGCCUUGAGCACCUCCAUCGCCCUCUACAGGGCCACGCGGGCAUGCUACGCCAUCAACACCUACAGCGGGCUUCUGCUGCUGGCCUGCAUCAGCGUCGACCGCUACAUGGUGGUGGCUCGAGCCCAGGAGAUGCUCAGGCUGCGUGGUCAGAUACUGAUCGGUGGGAAAGUUGCUGCCAUUGGCGUGUGGCUCGUUGCGGUGCUCCUCAGCCUCCCUGAGAUCCUCUACUCUAGGGUGGCAUGGUACGACAGCGAGGCAUACUGCGGCGUAAUAAAAUGCGAAAGAGUCAAAAUGGUCACCAACGGAGCCAUCAUCGCUGUCUUCUGCCUGUCCCUUGUCGUCAUGGUGAUGUCCUACUCUUUGAUAGCGCAAGUGCUGUGGGAAGGGAACGCACUCCGGCGGGGGAAGCAGUGGCACCGGCAGCGCACCUUGAAGCUCAUGGUGGCUCUGGUGCUGGUGUUCCUGGUGUUCCAGCUGCCGUACACGGUGGUGCUGUCACGUAAGAUGGCGGGGCCGUUCUGCAAUCCGCUGCUUGAGUACAUCACCUGCACUUUGGCGUACACCCGCUGCUGCCUCAACCCCAUCCUGUACGCCCUGGUUGGCGUGCGUUUCCGUAACGACGUGCUGAAGCUCAUCCAUGACUCUGGCUGCCAGUGUGGGCUCCAGCUGGCUCCACAGAGUGUGAGCACCAACUCCAUCUCCAUCUCCUCACCUGCUCCGGUGCUCAUGGCUUGCUCGCCAACAUCCCCUGGACGCAGUUACUACGGCAACAAGGACAUGCCCCCCAUCAAAUUUCAGUUUCCCAGCACCAAAUAA